GACUCCUCAAGUGACUUGCCCAAGACUCCUCAGUGACUCCUCCCAGGGCUGGGCGCGUCAUCCUCCCCACCCCCGGCCCGGACCCCGCAGCUGGGCAGUGAGGCACAGACAGUGCGGGAACUAGCAAAGCCACCUGCUCCGGAUCAGGGAGCCCCGGGCCCCAUGGAGCUGCGGGUCAGCAACACCAGCUGCGAGAACGGCUCCCUGAUCAGCCUCUACUGCUCCUCCCAGCGAAUCCUGUGCCAGGUCAUCCAGGACCUUGGCACCGAGUCCCCCGCCAAUGCCACCACCCUCAGCUGGCGGGAGAGGUUCUGGAAGAGCUAUAGCUUCUAUGUGGGCCUGGGCCUGGCCAUCCUCUCCAGCUUCCUCAUCGGCAGCAGUGUCAUCCUCAAGAAGAAGGGCCUCUUGCGGCUGGUGGCCACUGGGGCCACUCGAGCUGUGGAUGGAGGCUAUGGCUACCUGAAGGAUGGCAUGUGGUGGGCCGGAUUUCUCACCAUGGCUGCUGGAGAAGUCGCCAACUUUGGGGCCUAUGCCUUUGCUCCUGCUACGGUCAUCACACCUCUGGGAGCACUGAGCGUCCUCAUAAGCGCGCUCCUCUCCUCCUACUUACUGGGAGAGAGCCUGAACCUGCUGGGCAAGCUGGGCUGUGUCAUCUGUGUGGCAGGCAGUACGGUGAUGGUGAUCCAUUCGCCCGAGGAGGAGAAGGUUACCACCGUCACUGAGAUGGCAUCCAAGCUGAGGGACACAGGCUACAUUGUGUUUGCUGUGCUCCUGCUGGUUCUUAGCCUCGUCCUCAUCUUUGUGGUGGCCCCCCGCUACGGGCAGAGGAACAUCCUGGUUUACAUUGCCAUCUGCUCAGCGAUCGGGUCCUUUUCUGUCACUGCUGUCAAGGGCAUGGGCAUCACUAUCAAGAACUUCUUCCAGGGGCUGCCGGUUGUGCGCCACCCAUUGCCCUAUAUCCUGUCCCUGACCCUAGCGGUGUCCCUCAUCACACAGGUCAACUUCCUCAACAAGGCGCUAGACAUUUUCAACACCUCCCUGGUGUUUCCCAUCUACUAUGUCUUCUUCACAUCAGUGGUGCUGGUCUCCUCCAUCAUCCUCUUGAAGGAGUGGCAUAGCAUGUCUGCCGUGGCCAUUGUGGGCACCCUGUCAGGCUUUGUCACCAUCAUUCUGGGAGUGUUCAUGCUUCAUGCGUUCAAGGACCUGGACGUGGGCCAGAUCAACCUGCCCCACACACACAAGACUCCCAACCUGGCCCCUGCCCCCGAGCCCACCACCAUCAGACUGGAGGACAAGAACGUGCUGGUGGACAAUAUUGAGCUCUCCCUCACACCAUCACCACAGAAGACCAAAGUGUUCACAGUACAAUCCUAGAGCUUCAGGGCCACCUGGCCACUCACCAGUGGGUUCUCUUUUCUGGAAACAUGAACAUACAUAUACCUCAUUGCUGCUUACAGGAAGAAAAAAUAAACCCUACCCAGUGAGUGGUAGUGGCAGAGCUUUCUGGAAGAACAGCCUCAGAGACCAAAUCCCCAUUGUCAAUUGGUGCCAGGAAGACCUUCCUACCCACACGUGUCCUUGGUGCUGUCUGUGUGUGGCCGGGAAGAAGGCAAAAAUUGACUCCUUGAAUGUAGCACAGUUGAAGAACUUCCCUGAACUGCUGGGUGUUGUGAAUGCCCAGCUCUAGUCUUCCUAGACUGUCUCUCAGCGCAUGACUGAGGUGUCACUCACAGUGCCCAGAAGUAACUGGCCAAGUCCCUCAAGCCCAAGCUGAAAGAGACCCAACUAGUGUAAAACAUCUUGCUUUUGUCACCUCUUCCUUGGAGAUAGGAUUGAGGCCUUGGCUGACCUUACUGUGAAAGCCACCUGAUGUCUCAGGGAAAUGUCCCCACAGCUCUUGCCCCCGACUCCUGCAUCCUAAGGGCUGGUGUCUGGGUCUCUGCCUCCCUUUGUCCAUCUGAAGGGAUCCAGCACCAAGAACUAGCUCAGAACAGGACCAAUAGUGAAGGGAGCUUCCAGCAAGCCUAGUCAUCCUCCCUCUGGAAAGAACACAGCAGUUGUACUGCUCUUAAAAAAGGGGGGGGGGGCACCAACCAAACAAAGUAACUUGGCUGCCAAGACAGAAUUUGGCAGAAGGCACUUGCCUUUUCCUCAAGGAGUAAAAUGGAGUAUGAUCUGGGGAGCUUGGGGUGGGGGCACAGUAGUCUAAGGCACUAAGCCAAGACUGGGCAGAGAGCAGCUCAGGCUACCGGAAAUCAGAGGCUGAUUUGGGGGUUUACUCUGGUGACCAGUAAAGGGCUCAGGGACAUUCUUUGGUGCUUCUUCAGAGUCAGGUCAUUGGGAUCAGCUUUGUUUAGUGACCAAGUGGGGGUAUAAGCUUGAUCCAUGUGGCAUCCUGUCCACGUGUCCCCAGUUCCAAGAACAGCAGCCAUGCUGGGAAGUGUCAUGCUAUGACAGCUCCAAGAAGUGCCUUUGGGAACCUCAUCUUUGGCCAGUGGCAAUCCAAGAAACCAGAGAAGCUGGAGAGAGCUAGACCUGAUCUCCCUCCCCUCCCUUCUUUCUGGGUGCAAGUGUGGGUGUCAGAGUACCAGGGUCUCUGAGAGGGACAGAAGGGAGCCUAUAGAGUUGUAAGGAGAGAUGUGUCCCUGGUCCCCAAGUUGCUGCAGUGUCUGUUCUGUGCACACCCUCAUCUGUGCCCCAUGGUAAAAGUGUACCUACCUUCCUAGGGGGACCUCAGGGCUCCCUAGGCUCAUCUGAUCUAUAUGUGGCCCCCAGACCCUCUAGCCUCAAACCUCCUGUUUACUGUGAAUGUGCUGUACUUAAAAUGAAAACACUGGACCUCAAGUUGGGGAGGGGAGGGGCUUGAGCACUGGGUGCAUGGUCUAGAAUAAAGACCUCCAGUGUG